AUGGAGCCUCCCCCUUCUCUGAGCUUGUCUCUGCUUGGAGGAAGCGAGGAUGAGGACCAGCGCUUCCUUCUCCCCAUAGGCAGCAUAUCCCAUCCUUCUACCGCUGGCAACCAGCCAGGAUCAAACCACGCCAACCACACGGGAGGUUCGAGCCUUGACCAUCUAAAUGGCAGCACCCCAUCACCUUCCUCUGCCGCACCCAGCUUGCCUCCAGCACCGCUCCCCAAGUUGCCUCUAUCUUCCUCUGGAGCUCAACCUCUGCCCCCGCCCAUUCCCAACGCCCUGCACCCAACGAGCACCCCGCUCUCUUCCUGCCUGGGCUCACAGCACAGCCUGAGUGGGGACAAUUCCCCGGUCUACAAUGCCCUCUUUUACUCCUCCCACUCCCCCUCCAUGGACCGAGAGAGGGACAGGGAGCGUGAAAGGGAGAGAGUUGAGCGAGAGCGGGGCAGCAAGCACAGGCAGGCCAGUCCUUUGGUUCAUCGCAGGGACAGUAACCCCUUCACCGAAAUCGCCAUGAGCUCCUGUAAGUACACAGGGGGUGUCAUGAAGCCUCUGAGCCGCCUCAGCGCUUCCCGGAGAAACCUCAUCGAGUCCGACAGCAGCAGCGAAACCAAAGAAGGCGGCGUUUUGGCUGUCGCAGGGGUAUCGGCCGCUGGUGGACACGACCGACCACGAGACGCCCCAUCUACCUGCUCUAUGACCCAGUCAUCCUCUCAUCCACCUCCAAUUCAAAGCCCGCCAGAGAUUGUGAUUUCCUCCAAAGAAGACUCACCGUACCUCAGACGAGGGUAUGACAUCACUGACUCAACAUCCAACCAAGUGUCUAUCUACCACCAGAACCACGCACUAGUGGAAAGCAGGCGGACACAGACAGAUCGGGGCAGCAGGCAGAGUGGGGUGGGGACGGUGGGCACCGGGGCCAGGGGCAGCACUUCCAAAGCUCCAAAACGAAAGAACCAAAACAUUGGCUAUAAGCUGGGGCAUCGUAGGGCUCUGUUCGAGAAGAGGAAGAGGCUGAGUGACUACGCCCUCAUCUUUGGAAUGUUUGGCAUCGUCGUCAUGGUGAUUGAAACGGAGCUGUCGUGGGGCGUCUACUCCAAGAGCUCCAUGUACUCCCUGGCACUGAAGUGUCUGAUCAGCCUGUCCACAGUCAUCCUGCUGGGACUCAUCAUAGCCUACCACGCACGAGAGGUUCAGUUGUUUGUCAUAGACAACGGAGCGGACGACUGGCGCAUCGCCAUGACGAUGGAGCGGGUUCUGCUGAUUGCUCUGGAGCUGCUGGUGUCUGCCGUGCAUCCGGUGCCUGGGGACUUUAAAUUUCAGUGGCGGGCCCGGUUGGCCUUCUCGUACACGCCUUCGCAGGCCGAGGCUGACCUGGACAUGGUGCUGAGCGUGCCCAUGUUCCUGCGCCUCUACCUCAUCGCCAGAGUCAUGCUUCUGCACAGCAAACUCUUCACUGAUGCCUCCUCCAGGAGUAUAGGUGCCCUAAAUAAGGUUCAUUUUAACACACGGUUUGUAAUGAAAACCCUCAUGACCAUCUGUCCCGGGACGGUGCUGCUGGUCUUCAGCAUCUCUCUGUGGAUCAUCGCUGCGUGGACCGUACGAGUGUGUGAGAGGUACCAUGAUGCUCAAGAUGUGACCAGUAACUUCCUGGGUGCCAUGUGGCUCAUCUCUAUCACUUUCCUCUCCAUCGGCUACGGAGACAUGGUUCCUCACACCUACUGUGGCAAAGGCGUGUGCCUGCUCACAGGCAUCAUGGGCGCGGGCUGUACCGCUCUGGUGGUUGCCGUGGUAGCCAGGAAGCUGGAGCUGACCAAGGCCGAGAAACAUGUGCACAACUUCAUGAUGGAUACCCAGCUCACCAAGAGGAUAAAGAACGCAGCAGCUAAUGUGCUGAGGGAGACCUGGCUCAUCUACAAGCACACCAAGCUGAUGAAGAAGAUCGACCACUCCAGAGUCCGCAAACACCAGAGGAAGUUCCUCCAGGCCAUACAUCAAUUACGCAGCGUAAAAAUGGAGCAGAGGAAACUCAGUGAUCAGGCCAACACACUAGUGGACCUCUCGAAGAUGCAGAGCGUCAUGUACGAGCUCAUGUCCGAGCUCAACGACCGCAGUGAGGAUUUGGAGCGGCAGAUGCUGUCCCUGGAGCAGCGGGUGGAGCAGCUCACCGCGGGCUUCAAUGCCCUGCCCGCGCACCUCUCGGCCACCCUCAGCGCCCAGCACGCCGCCCUGGUUCACCUGCUCAGAGAACGGGACACAAGGGACUGCAGGGGAGGUGGAGGAGGAAGCGUAGGAGGUGCUGUUGUCCCGCUGUCCCCAUCUACAUCUCUCACUACUGCACCCGUUUCUGUUUCUCCGGUCCAGGUGACUGCGCCUCCUCCACCCUUAGCACAGAUCUCAGCUUUGUCCUUAGAGACUCCACUGUCGCCCCCGCCCCUGAGCCCUGAGGGGAUCCUGGAGGCCAGUCCCAACCCCAACACAUCCACCUCCAGCUGCUGAGGAGCAGGCAAACACAGACAAACCAGGGAGACAGGAGGGGGGCUGUGCAAGUCUUCUCACAUCAAACUAAAGAGAAGAAAUGGAGGAGAAGGAGGAAGAACUUGUCGAGAUCCUCUGAAACUGUCGCCCGUGGUUGGCACUGUGAGGAGUAA